UAUGGAACCAUCUCCGCAAGAGGAAUUCACACCUCCAGUUGCUGUGGCUUUUGCAGCACUUGCUGUGUUGGUCAUUAUGUGUUGGAUGGUGAUGAUUGCUGCCAUUGGACUGGGGGCCAUGCAUCUGAGCUAUUGUCCAGUACAACCCAACAUCCCCAUCUUCCUGAUAGUGUUCGGAGCAGCCAGCCUCCUCACUCUUUGUUUCACCUCCACCAAACGCACCUGGAAAGAUGGCGCUGUCUUCAUGCUGUGGUCGACAUUCACAACCUUGUUACACCUCUUCUGUUUCUGCUGGUUCAUUGCAGGCUCCGUCUGGGUGUACUCUGUAUACCCCCCCAGCUACACACCAGGAGAAGAUCAGUACUGUCACAAGAUAACCUUCCAGUUUGCCUUUGCUGUUAUUACCUUCACGUGGGUCUUUCUGUGUCUUAUAAUUGUCUCUAGCUGCUGUGUCGCUGUACUGAUGUGCUGUACAACCAUAAGAGCAAGUCGGCACCUCAUACCCAACCGUAAUUCUUCCUAUGGUGCAACAAGUAAUUCUGCAGAACCUGUCGCUGGUGAUGUGUGAUUUAAAUCGUGGUCUGUGAUCUUUCAGUGGAUUUUAAAGGAGUGGAACUUGUCACUAUUUAUCACUGUGGUGAUAUUGAUUCUGCUGUUGACGGUUACUUUUAUGUCCGGUAGUAGAUAAGUAGAACACGGCAGCUCUUAAAACUGCUCAAAGAAAGACACAAGUGUAGCGGCUUGACUGAACACUAGCUUCUCAACACAUUUGAACCAGUAAAAGAUAAAAUGUGCAACAGUGAAAGCAAAUAUUCAUCUAGUAUUGAGAGGAAUUCUACACAGAUAUUAGUAUUCUUUGUAUUUUUAUUGCAGUUUAGUAAUGUGUGAGAUGUAUCAAGUAUUCUCUGGUCUUUACCACCAGUAAUGUGCAGUAAUGAGAUGAACACAGCUUGAAUAAAGAAAUACUAGCUUAAA